AUGGACACCCAAAGGGCAGUUUUUCUAAUUUGUCUAAGCUUCUGCUUUGUUUCUUCUCUGCCAACUGAAACGAUAACGGGUACCUUGAAAUGUGGCUUUCGGCCAACUGUUGGAACUCUGGUUGAGGUGUGGGCAGUAAGUGAAAACGAUUGCUCUGAUAUGAUGUUAGAUGAGCUCAUGGCCGGUUUCGGUGGAAAGUUCCGUUUCGAAGUUCCAGCGAACUUGGGAGCAGAGCGCUAUAUACUAGUCAAACACGAUUGUAAUGAUGAGAAUACGCCUGGAUUACGUGUAUCGCGUUACGAUAUCAGCAAGGGUAUUAGUCAAUACGACAUAGACUUGACGGAUGUUCAGUUUAUUGACUCCAGGAUUCGUGAAGCUUGA